AUGUUCGCACCACGGCCUGAACUAUCGAUUCUGCCUCCGGCGCCGCCGGCUCCCACGGACUCUGUCGGUGGGUUAUCCGCGACGGAUGACGAUGUGGACGGUGAUGUGGUGAGGUCACCUGUUGAUGAUGAGCUGGAUUGGAAAUGGAUCCUUAACCUGAGCAUGCACUUCCGCGAUCAAUCGGACCGGGAAAAGUUUUUCGUGACUUAUGCUGAGACGCCGACUCUCCGACGUAGGCUUACAGUAUCUUGCGAUUACCGGGACGCGGAGGAGGGUACGUUAGAGAGGGAAUUGGCGACGCUGAAAUACCAACGGGACAAGAGCGCGAGAAUAUAUGACGCUAUCAGGGACUCGUUGAGCGAUAUCCAAUUCUACGAUACUAUCACAAACCUCAAGCUACAAACGAGUGAUGGGAGACUCCAUGUCCAUGUCACUGAGGACCUGCAUGAAAUCAUCCCAUACCCGCCCGUCGUUGCCAUCGCGCACCUGAGAUGCCCCAAGUACAGGGAAUCCGAGCUGGAAUUCGACUCGCAUCUCUCCGGGUUUGUCUACAAAGUCAAAGUCAAUGGGGAUGUGUUUAUCAAGAAGGAAAUCCCGGGGCCCGAUACGGUUGAUGAGUUUCUGUACGAGAUCAAUGCGCUAUAUGCGCUGGCUGACUCCGAAAAUGUCAUCCGUUUUGGUGGGUGUGUGGUGGAUGAGGAUCGAAAAAAGGUCAAGGGGCUCCUCAUUAGUUUCGCUUCCAAGGGAGCUCUCAUCGACAUUAUAUACCAUGAGCGUGGAAGGCUUUCUUGGGAGACUCGAGAGAAGUGGGCGAAGCAGAUUGUCUCUGGCCUUUCGGAGGUACACGAAGCCGGCUAUGUUCAGGGGGAUUUCACGUUGUCCAAUAUCGUAAUUGAUGAAAACGGUGAUGCGAAAAUCAUUGACAUCAACCGCCGGGGGUGUCCGGUUGGCUGGGAACCCCCAGAAGUUACUGCCAUGAUUGAUGGACUCCAGAGGAUUGGGAUGUACAUUGGAGUCAAAUCUGACAUUUUCCAACUUGGCAUGGUGCUUUGGGGAAUCGCGCACGAAAUGGAUGAGCCAGAGGCUGUUAAAAGGCCAUUAGGCAUGGGUGAAGCCCCCGGUGAUGUGCCGGACUACUUUAGAGACAUCGUUGAAGCCUGCCUAUCCGAGCGGCCUCAGGGCCGUCCGUCCGCUAAAGAUUUGAUUUCAUUAUUCCCUGAGCGUGACCAACCUUCUCGCCGCUAUAUCGGCGAGAUGCCACAUUAUGAGGGAGGAAGCGGUUCUUUUGCAGCCCUGGGUGGGGGGGGCUAUUUUCCAAACGGCUACCCAAUGGGACUCGGACGGCCUUAUGAUGAGGCGCCUCGGGAGGAUGGCGGACAAAGCAUGUCAGGGGUGGGCGGAAAUGGCGGUGUCGAUGGAACGAACGGACCGCUCCUCAAUGGAAAGCUAUCACGAAAUUCCAAUAGCACCUACACCCCAUUCCUUCCGCAAGAACUCAGUAACCACAUGACAGGCAGCCGUCGUCCAAUAGUGGACGAAGACACCCAAUCCAACGCCAGCAAUAGCAAUCGCCCAAUAUCCCGCGACUCAUUCGAAGACGCACCGCAAGUAAUCGAGGCAGCACCCAGUGAAGCCAGCGGGGAGGAAUCGUACGUACCAAACAACAUCGAAUCCGUAAUCGGCCUAUCACCCGCAAGCCUACCCCCACCACCACCGCCGCCGCCGUUUGUGAGACCACCACUGGAGCGGUACUCGACGGCGAACGACUACUUUGGGGAUGAGUUGGGCUGGCCGAGUUACAUGCCUGCUCCUCAACCCCGGCGGCUGCCGAGUCCACCUUCUUGGGGAAGUGGAGGUGCGAGGGGGAUGCCCACGAAUGAGGACUAUGUAGGUCGAGAUCCCCAGGGGGUGGAGUCACCAGGGAAUUCACCUACGUCGCCGACGUCCCCGCCGCCGUUGUCAUUGCCUAUACCUACUACGGGGCCCGGGCUUGCGGUUUGAAUUGAGCGUUUGGCUUCUUUCAUUGUUAAAAUAAUAUUUUCCGAAUUUGAUACCCUGGGGAGAAUGUGAUUAGGAUGGCGACGCUGUAUAGAUGUCUGAGAUAAAUUAUUGGGGAUCACGGUUGGACAUUCGGUUUCUCAUUUUAUCGUGCUUUUUUGUUCUGAUUUAUUGUUGGGUUGGGGUCUUAUUAUCUGGUCAUUUUGCCUCAUUUGGAUGUUUUUCUGUUUUUCUCCGGUUUUUUUUUUUUUUACCGUUUUACACCCUGAUUUCGUGUUUUCUCACCGCUGGGAUAGUUUGAUAAGGAUACAUGGCAUUUGUUUUCCCGUUUUUCCCCCAUUUCGCGCCUCUUGUUUUUUGCCGUUUGCUGUUUUUACCAUCUUUCGCAACGUAUUCAUUUCAUUUCCUUAUACCCCCACCCCCCCCCCUUCGUAUGAAUCUCAAUUUCAAUUUUUCAACGUUUUUUAUUAUUGUUGAUCUAUCAUAACUAGGUUAUUCAAUCUUUCCUUCCUUUCAUUCUUGCUUUCCGCAUCAUCAUGAAAAAAGUUUGCUCCAUCGUUGCUUAACUUUACCUGACAACUUACUAGUUUCAUUUGUUCUUCAAAUUUAUUUUGUCAUGUCGCGUGUACGCCGUGGUUAGUAUCACGGUGCCAUCUGUAGGUGGCGUAAUAUUGCUUAUCGUUCUCUCCUUUUCGUUUGCUUUCUGUUUGGAUAUUUUAUGGGCAGCAAGUGUAGGAAUUGCGGUGGGGGUGUGUGAAUUUGCAUAAAGCUGGUAAUGAGUAUAUGACAGAACAUUUCUUUUGUCUUUUCUUUCUUUCUUCCCUUCUUUAUCUACUUAUUUAGUCUAGGUUGUGCAGGAGGAGUAUAGUAGGGGGAGAAGAAUGAGGAGGAGAGGAGGAGAAAAAAAGGUCCUGCGGUAUGAUAGAAAUUGGACCUUUUUUUUGGGGAGGAAAUUGUGAAAUAUUUUGUG